UACUGGGUACUAGUCGACGGACAGUUCUCGCGGCGUCUUCACGCGGUCCCCGUGCUGCUUUUUUAAUCCACAUCGUCAUUGAUAAUUCCGAAGAUAUGUCGACCACAACAGCGCUAGGGAUAAGUGCCCUUUUUAUGGUGGGCUGCUGUGUAGUGGCCCAACUUGCCCGAGUAAUCAGCCGGCGUUUGGUGACCCGUGAGGGAUUGGUUCCCAUCCUGAUUAACGAGGCCAUCGCCGCCGCCGAGCUGUGUGCCUGCUGCUUUGAAUUGAUCAUAGUGGCCGACAACUUCGGGGUAUCCAUGUACGCCGUCUGCCUAUUCCUGCUGACCAUCUGGUGGGGUCGCGUUUGGGGCGACGCCUCCGCUUGCCCAUAUACCCACAUGGAGGACGUGGUUGAGGGUCGCACUAGCUUCAAGGAGAUGGCGCUACGUAGCUGGGCCGAAUUGAUGGGCGGCUGUUGUGUCUACCGGGUGGUGCAAGUCUUCUGGUGGCUAGAGCUCGCCGAGACCCAUAGAGGCCGGGCCUUUGAGGCUUGCAAUGCCGAUCUGCAGGUCAGCCCAUAUUUGGGUGCCCUCAUCGAGGGAGUGGCCACUCUGCUCUGCCGCUUGGCCUCAAAGACGAUUAGCGAAAAGGAACCGCGAUUUGGCAGCUACAUUGAUUCAUUCAUUGGCACCAGUUUGGUGGUGGCAGCCUUUAACUUCUCCGGCGGUUACUUCAAUCCUGUCCUGGCCACAGCCCUCAAAUGGGGCUGCCGUGGACACACCCACCUGGAACACAUAAUUGUUUACUGGAUUGGCGCAUGUGCUGGUGCCGUGCUCUCCAUACCGAUUUUCAAGCUGCCCGCCGUGCGGCGCGUCCUACUCGGCGCAGAGAAGUCAAAGAAGGAAUAAGGACAAUUAGAAAAAUUUUAAAUUUGAAAGACACAGAAGGCAUAAAAUGUCUGCUUCAGAUCAAAGUUCUAAAAUCUUAAUUUCCAAAUGAAACAAGAAAGAAUCUUAUAGUUCAGAUAUCAGCUACUAUCUUUCCUGUUUUAAAAUAGACUUGAUGCGCUAAGUAGCACCACGUUUCAUAGAUCUUCAGAUCUAUAAUUUCCCAGACAUGGACAGUACAUAAACAGAUCAACUCGACAUUAACUAUGAUUGGAAACGAAAACUAAAAUAUUUAUUGCUUUGAAUUUUUAAAUUUGCCAUUGACUUGCAGUUAAUGGCAUUUUAUUAAAUUUUGCAAGAAAUGUUUUUGAUGUCAUUAGAAAGAACUAUUCUAAUUUAUUUUAAAAAUGUAGUAAAAUCGUGUUUAAUUCGAGAUUAAGUUUUUGUUGUGAAUGUACAUAUUAACAAAUAUUUAUACUUUACUUACAACAGUUAAAACAACGUUUGUUGAAAAAAUGUAUAACGGCAUUAUAAUAAACAAAAAAUGUUUGAAGACAACGCUUGAAAUAAUAUUAAAAAAUUCAAAUUUAGUUCCAUUUAGUAGGUAAUUAUCAUUUGUUUAUGUUUUGAGAAAAACAAUUAAAAUAUUAAUACCUUGUGUAA